GGUGCCGGGUGAGGCGGUCACAUUCUGCGACAACCCACUUUCCGCUGUUCUUCCACGCUCGACCCUCAAACGCGCAAUCUGCGGGCGACCACGACAGCACAUCUACCCGCGCUUCCUCCCUCGCACCGCGGCAUACUUCCCUACCAGCAAACCUCGCCUCUGCCACUGUAAAACUCAAAGAGCGCCAAAUCACACAGCAGCAACCAUGCACCGCAAAAACCCCAUCAGCGUGCUUGUCUACAACACGCUCUUCCCAACGCCGUCCCCGACCGACCCACCCUCCUUCAGCGCCCAUCUCUCCAAAAACCUUGUCGGCGAAGUUCGCAUCGAAACAGCAAACUUCUACGGGUCGCUCGACACCAUCGAAGCGCGGUACCCAGGCUUGAACUACGCUUUUCAGCCACAUCGAAAACGUCUUGGACGCUUCCCACACCACAAGCGCCUCUUCGAUGCUUUCGAUCGGCUUGGCCUGACCGAAGCGGAGAUUCAAGGCUUCUGCAGGUGGGAAGGCACCCUAUGGGCACGGGAGCGAUACGAGCGGGACGAGGGCGUAAGAGUAGUAGACACAACGGGCGUGGACAUAGGGGCAUGGGUCGACACACGACGAGCCUAUUCCUCAAGGAACAACGGAGCGGGAAUCAACGUGAAAACAGACAUUGAAGUGGAGAUUGAGGAACUAGAACACAACCACCACCAUCACCACCAUCAUCAUCACAGCCAGUCUACACGACCCAUGCAACACAACAAUGGAGGCGACACGGAAAUGCCCGAUUCUUCUUCUUCGGCCGAAGAAGAUGAAGACGAAGAAUCCGACUCGGAUUCAACCUCCAACGAACUAUCCUCCUCGGUAGGCUUCUCUCUGAACGCGCGUCUGCUCCACGCCGCUGCCCUGCGGGAGUCUUCCGGCGCAAUGAACAUACCAAUGGACCCGGAAUGGGAACAAUACCUCAAAGAAGCAUCCGAGCGCGGCGAGCUCAACAUUGACGCGACACGAGAAGCUCUGCGCACCAUGGCUGGCCAAAUCGCGCAAUUGCACCAGUCGACGGUUGAGGCCGAGAGCAGCGAGGCCGUGCCUCAGACGUUCCAGCCACCCGCUGCUCCAGCUUAGGAGCUGGAGUUGGGGCACAGCUGGAUGAUGGAUGCAGAGGUGUUGGAAGCGGCUAUCA